AUGGUCCUCAGUAUUGCUGAUUAUGUGUACGACUCCUCAAGAUCCAAAAGUCCCCUUUUUGGCGUAUUUGACAGCACCCGCCAUCUGGUGGUUGUCGACACAACUUCUCGGGAAAAUGAUGGUGUAUUUAGGUUUCUAGAGGCAGCUCAGCUGUGGCUUUGGCCAGAGGCCCUGAUUUUCCUGGUGGGAAACAAAAAAGAAGUCAGGUCCAGUCUCUUUCGACCUGUCUUCCGGAAUUCCAUCCGUUCUCUGUACCUUGGCUUACCAGAGGAGUCCUUACAGAAUGAAGGAUCGAAUAUGUCACUCACGCUGUACAGUCGGUGUCUCUAUUGUCGCAACGGCAAAGGGAAAAUACAGAUUUUGGCAGCUUGGUAUCUGGGGUCUCGUCAGCCAAAUAUUUCAGAUCCGUUCCUAUACCAAAUGAGGACACUUGAGGGACACUUGCUAAAAAUAACGACAAUGCCUUUCUUCCCUUACAUCAAUUUCAAACUGGACUUGGAGAACCUCGACAAACCGGUGGUGCUGUUGGACUCCUUAGACCAGAGAAUAGUCGAGGCACUUUCGUCUGCUCUGAAUUUCACGUACGAGAUCCGUCCUGUACAGGAUCUGUCCAUCGGGAACCUUUUGAAGAACGGAACCUGGACAGGGCUCUUCGGAGACAUGCAACGAGGCCGCGCAGACUUCACUUUUACCACCUCCACCAAUCCGGAGAGACUGACCGUCACAGACCUCGUCAGGACGAUCGAGGCUGAUACCCUGGUUAUCGUGUCACGGAAGCCUCAGCUCCUACCUCAGUACCUGGUCAUUAUUCGCCCCUUUACCCUGGAGGUAUGGGUCUAUCUCAUCAUCAGCAUCAUGCUUUGGGGAGUGGCAUUAUGGCUGCUCGAGAGGACGAGGUCGAAUAUGACGGGGGACAAAAGUAUGUCUCUCGAUUGGUCCAUCUUCUACAGCUGGGCCGUGAUGCUGGACGACACUCCGUAUAACGCUCCCAGAUACACGUCGGGGCAGAUGUUACUUGGUUGGUUCCUGGUGGCUUCCCUGGUCAUUUCGACCGUCUACAGGUCAGCCUUGGUGGCUUUCCUGUCAGUCCAGAGUAAAACGAAGCCGAUUGACAGCUUCCAGGACCUUGUAAGCCGGAGUUCGUGGCGCUGGGGAGUUCACGACUUCGUCAUGUCAGGUCAAGUCUUGCUCUUCUUCUUAAACACUAAUGACUCGGCUGUUAAGUACGUGUAUAAGUAUACUGAGACGCCAACGAUCACAGAGGGCCUGAAGAAGACGCUGAUGGGAGGGUACUCGUUAGUGGGUGUUCGGAAGUUCCUCCAGAGCGCCAUAGCUCUGGAUUUCACGGAUGAUUUUGGACAGACUCCUCUGUACAUUAGUAGAGAGAAAUAUAACAUUGUGACUGACUUUGGAUGGUCGUUGAGAAAGGGAGCGCCGUAUCAUCCCCUUUUCGCCUACACCAUAAACCGCUUAGUUGACGCAGGGUUGAUUAACCACUGGAUGGAAGAAGUGGCCGCCUCUCGAGUUCGUGAAACCCGGAAGAAGAAAAACGAGCAAAAAAAUCAUGUAGACAACCUGCAGGACGCUGAUGUUCAGGAACAGAUGGUAAACAACGAAGUCAUCCUGGGAACAAGACACUUGAUUGGCGUCUACCUGGUCACUCUCGUAGGAUUCUCUGUGUCCCUCUUGGUUCUCGCUGGAGAAAUAGUGUUCCACACUUUCUUCGUCGAGAAGGAUCGGAAGGUUAUUGGUACGAGAAAUUAA